AAGAGAAAGAAAGAAAAAAAGAAAGGUUGUCUGGUUCUCUGUCCGAGCUUAUCGGAGCCUACAAGUUACACACAUUUUCUAAAGGGCAUCAUCCGUUCAUGAAGCCGAUCAUUGAGCUCAUGUAUCAAUUCGAUCCAAGCAUUUAAAAAAGGAAUAACUAAAAAUCAAAUAUAUAACUUUCUUAAAUUAUAAAGGUAUUUUUUUUUCAUCGAGAUCCAAAGAGUUUCUUCUUUCUUUUUAAAUUAUGCAUUCACUUGUGCGCAACCUAUCCGCAUCCAAAGUCACCCAUGAUGGCUCUCAGCUCAGCUUGGCCUCCCAGAUGACCAUGACGGACAAGGAUGUGGUCUUGGAGGAAAAGACGAGACCAUCGCUGUGGAGGUCGACAACGAGUUUAAAUGAAUCUAAAGUGUAUACACCAAAUCUCGCUCGAGGGGAUAGUAUUGCAACAGCCAUUAGCAUGCGACGGGCUGACAUCAUGGUCUCUAGAGACGAUCCACAGAAUCUGCAUCAAAACGAAACAAGAAGGGACGAAGAAGAAGCAGUGGAUGAUGCAGACAAGAGUAAUCAAGACAGUGUACUGUUUGAGAAAAAGAAGAGCAUUAUCAUCUUGUUGGGCCGACUCUUAUUAAAAUGUGGGUGUCCUUGUCAUCGAGUGGAUGACACACUGCAGCAUACAUCCAGUCUAUUAUCACUCAAUGCAGCCUUUUCUUUCUUACCAGACUCUGUCUUGAUUACAUUCACGAACGGCAGUGACAGUCAGUCGAUCAUGGUCAAGUCACCGCAAGGCUACGACACCGGUAAAAUUGCCACUAUUAAUGAUAUCAUGAACUCGUUCUAUAAGGGUCAAGUGGAUCUUGAUCGGUGUCUUAUUCUACUUCAUGAUGUAGCCACAGCGCCGCCGACGUGCGGUUCGUGGGCAACCCUCUUCUUUUUUACCGCAAGCAGUUUCAGCGGCUCAGCUCUCUUGUUUAACGGCACCUGGAUUGACGCAAGCGUCAGCGGUGGCCUUGGCUUACUCGUCUCUAUUCUCUACAUCCUUUCUGCCCAUUUCCCCAUAUAUGCGCGUGUGUUUGAAAUAUCUACCUCGGUCAUCGUGGCUAUCAUUGCUCGUGCUCUCUAUAGAUACUGCUGUUUCACCAGUGUUGUCCUUCCUGCGAUCCUUAUCUUACUUCCAGGAUACACCAUGACCGUAGGCGUGAUUGAACUAUCUGCACGGCAGGUUACCACGGGUAUCGUUCGGCUCGUCUAUUCUAUUUUUUAUGCAUUUCAACUAGCAUACGGGUUGCAGAUGGGCAGCAGCGUCUACGGCGCUAUUGAUCCCAAUGUAUCCGAGUAUGGCCUAUGUGAUCAGCCGCCAGUGUCACCCUGGUUCGCAAUCGCUCUCUUACCUACCCUCAGCAUCGCUCUCUCACUCUCCUAUGGCUCCAGUCGUAAACAGUACAUCUCCCAAUGUGUUGCGGCAGCCAUCGCAUUCUGUCUCUCCUUCUUUCUGGGCAAAGUCAUACCCGAUGGUCAGAUCGUAGGCAGUAUUGCUGCCUUUGUCGUCGGCCUCUACUCUAAUUUUGCACUCAAAGUCACAGGUGAGCCACCUCUGGCUCCUCUCUGCGUAGGACUUACUCUACUCGUACCAGGAAGCAUAGGUGUCCGUGGAGCUUAUUCCGUGCUCCACAAAACAGACACGGGUCAUAUCGCAUUCCCUCUUCAAAUGCUCUCUAUCGCCCUCGGACUCUCCGCCGGCCUCUUUGCUUCGGCCAUGACCGUGUACCCAUCAGGCAAAAAGCGCUCCAUGUACAUUUCACUAUAG